UUGUAAGUACGACGUUUCUAGGUCUGAUCGCUAUUUGUGGUUGGUUUUACCGGUGUUUGACCGCCAAGGCCCUGGUCACUUUAGUCUUUCCACCAUGGAGAUCUCAGAGCUCAAGCAGCAGCAACAGCCUGCGGCGGCCAAAAUCAGGAACUUGCCCUGGGUUGAAAAAUAUCGGCCACAGACACUGAAUGAUCUCAUUUCUCAUCAGGACAUUCUGAGUACCAUUCAGAAAUUUAUCAGUGAAGACCGACUACCACACCUGCUCCUAUAUGGCCCUCCAGGGACAGGAAAGACAUCUACCAUUCUUGCCUGUGCUAAACAGCUAUACAAAGAUAAAGAAUUUGGCUCCAUGGUCUUGGAGCUGAAUGCUUCUGAUGACCGAGGAAUCGAUAUCGUUCGGGGACCAAUCCUGAGCUUUGCCAGCACAAGGACGAUAUUUAAGAAAGGGUUUAAACUAGUGAUCUUGGAUGAAGCUGAUGCUAUGACCCAAGACGCCCAGAAUGCCCUGAGAAGAGUGAUUGAGAAGUUCACUGAAAAUACCAGAUUUUGCCUCAUCUGUAACUAUCUGUCCAAGAUCAUCCCCGCCUUGCAGUCUCGGUGUACAAGGUUCCGAUUCGGUCCCCUGACCCCUGAACUCAUGGUCCCCCGCCUGGAACACGUGGUAAAAGAAGAGAAAGUGGAUAUAAGUGAAGAUGGAAUGAAAGCACUUGUGACUCUCUCCAGCGGAGAUAUGCGAAGGGCUCUGAACAUUUUGCAGAGCACCAAUAUGGCCUUUGGGAAGGUGACUGAGGAGACUGUCUACACCUGCACAGGACACCCGCUCAAGUCAGACAUCGCUAACAUUCUGGACUGGAUGCUGAAUCAGGACUUCACCACAGCCUACAGAAAUAUCAUGGAGCUGAAGACCCUGAAGGGGCUGGCAUUACAUGACAUCCUGACCGAGAUUCACCUGUUUGUGCACAGAGUUGACUUUCCAUCUUCAGUUCGAAUUCAUUUAUUGACCAAAAUGGCAGACAUUGAGUACAGGCUUUCUGUUGGCACCAGUGAGAAGAUUCAGCUGAGUUCCCUCAUUGCUGCUUUUCAGGUUACCAGGGACCUCAUUGUGGCAGAGGCCUAGAUGUCCCAGGCCCCUAUCAGUGUCAAGUUCUUAGACCUCAACUUUUCGAAAGUUUCACUUAGUCUAUACAUAAGGAUGAUGUAUUUAGUAGAAACUGUACUUCAAAUUUUGAUCUUCCCUAGGCUUCCAGCAUGCAACAUGAUACUCUUAAGAACAGUGGGCAGCAGCAGUAAGCUACACCACAGCUCCUGUGGGCCACCCGAUUACAAUGAAAAUGACUGACACUUUGCAGUGUACUGCAUGCCAAGCUGUGGUGCUCAGUAGAUGUACUGGGCACAUCUUCAGCUUGGGUAUUUUCAAUUUACAGUGGAGUAACUGGGAUGUUACCCCACUCUAAGUUGAGGCACAUCAGUACAUCAAGUAAAAGCAGGGCUGGGAGUAUGGCUCAGAGCGCUGCCUAGUGUGUGUGAGCCCUGGGUGGAGUUUCCAGCACCACAUAACUAAGUGACCAGGAGAGAAGCUGGCGGUUUCCUUCAUCCAUGGAGAAGUCACUACCAAGGACACCAAUGAAGUUUGAAUGUACUGGCUAAGUGGAGUCUCAGGGAAACCACCAAGAGCCUCUCAUGAUGCUAGUGCCAAGAAAACUGUAAAACUGAAAAUAUAAACAUAAAACCAAAAAGUUGACCAACUGUC